AUGUUGUCUACUAUUAUACGUACCACAAGAGCAAGUACUUUAGUGCAUGCUUCAAGACCAUUGGUGCUGAGAAGUUCUUCAAUCUUUGGCACCAGGUCGUUGAUGUACUCGCAUAGAUUAUUAGCUGAAGAAAAAGACAGUAAGAGUAAAGAUGCCAAGUCAAUACUAACUGAUGAUAUGCUAUUUAAAGCUGGUGUUGAUUUAGAUGCAAAAGAUGCUGGAAAAGAAUCCAAAGAAGAAACCACUUCGGCUGGUGAAACUGCUUCAUCAGAUCCGGUUAGUCCUAAGAAAAAGAAAAAGAGACAAUCAUCUACCGAUAUUAAGAGAGAAAAAUAUGCUAAUUGGAUGUACAUUUUCUCUUUCUCUUCUUUGACUGGGUUAGGUUUAUAUAUGACUAGAGAUUGGGACGCAGAUGAGCCCAAAGAAUUAAAAGAAUCUGUUGAGAAUGGAUACACCAUCGGUUUAAUGUAUCAAAGAUUCAAAGCCAGAUUAAAUAGUACCUUUUCAUAUUUCCAAGACCCUCCAUUUCCAGAUUUAUUGCCACCACCACCUCCUCCUCCAUACCAAAGACCACUUACUUUGGUUUUGACUUUAGAAGAUUUCUUGGUUCACUCCGAAUGGGACCAAAAACAUGGUUGGAGAACUGCAAAGAGACCAGGUACUGACUAUUUCCUUGGUUACUUAUCUCAGUACUAUGAAAUUGUUUUAUUUUCGUCUAAUUACAUGAUGUACAGCGAAAAGAUCGCCGAAAAACUAGACCCAAUCCAUGCUUUCGUUUCUUACAAUUUGUACAAGGAACAUUGUGUGUAUAAGGAGGGUACUCAUAUUAAGGACUUAUCUAAACUGAACAGAGACUUAGACAAAGUCUUAAUAAUCGAUUGCGAUCCAAACAACUAUAAAUUCCAACCUGAAAACGCUAUCCCAGUUAAACCAUGGAAUGGUCAAGCUGACGAUGAAUUAUUGAAGUUGAUCCCAUUUUUGGAAUAUUUAGCAACCCAACAAGUCAGUGAUGUUAAGCCCAUCUUGAAUAGUUUCCAUGACAAAAGUCAUAUCCCAGUCGAAUUUAACGAGCGUGUAGAUAAAUUGAAGACUAAAUUCUACAAUGACCAAAAAAACAAACAAAAUAACUGGUUACUGAAAGCAUUGAGUGUAUCGAUGGGAAACACAGUCAGUGGCAACUCCACAAAAUUUCCACUAGAUAUGAUCCGUGAAGAAGGUGAGAAGAAUUAUGUCAGAUUCAUGAAAUUGAUUGAAGAAGAAAAAGAGAAAAUGAAGCUUCAACAAGAGCAGUUAAGUGGACAAACGUUUACGUUGAAGGAUUACGUUGAAGGUAACAUACCAACCCCAGAAGAGCAAAUGCAAUUACAAAUGGAGAAACAGAAAGAAAUUGAGGAAAUGUUUGAAACACGUAAGAAAGAGAACAAUCAAAAAGUUUGA